GGCGCUAAAGGAGCCCCGAGGAGGGGGUGCAGUGGUGGAGUGUGCUGAGGAGCCGGGCGGGAGGUUCCAGCUCCAGGGAUACGGAGCGUUUGCAGGUGAAUGCUAGUGGACACCUCUAAUUACAAUGGCGCAGAGGUCUGGACAGGAAGAUCCAGAGAGGUAUCUCUUUGUGGAUAGGGCUGUAAUCUACAACCCUGCUACCCAGGCUGACUGGACUGCUAAAAAACUGGUAUGGAUUCCUUCUGAGCGCCAUGGCUUUGAGGCAGCCAGCAUCAAGGAGGAAAGAGGAGAUGAAGUGUUGGUUGAACUGGCAGAGAAUGGAAAGAAAGCAAUGGUCAACAAAGAUGAUAUUCAGAAGAUGAAUCCCCCCAAGUUCUCUAAAGUGGAAGAUAUGGCGGAAUUAACCUGCUUAAAUGAAGCCUCUGUAUUGCAUAAUUUGAAAGACCGAUACUACUCUGGACUCAUCUAUACUUAUUCUGGACUGUUCUGCGUAGUUAUAAAUCCCUACAAGAACCUCCCAAUUUAUUCGGAAAAUAUCAUUGAGAUGUACAGAGGGAAGAAACGUCAUGAAAUGCCACCGCACAUUUAUGCAAUAUCUGAAUCUGCAUAUAGAUGCAUGUUGCAAGACCGUGAGGACCAGUCAAUUCUUUGCACAGGUGAAUCUGGUGCUGGGAAGACUGAAAACACCAAGAAAGUUAUUCAGUACCUUGCUCAUGUUGCUUCAUCCCAUAAAGGAAGAAAGGACCAUAAUAUCCCACCCGAAUCACCUAAACCCGUGAAACAUCAGAGUGGAUCCCUGUUGUAUGGGGAGCUGGAACGUCAGCUUCUGCAGGCGAACCCCAUUCUGGAAUCCUUUGGAAAUGCGAAGACUGUGAAAAAUGACAACUCUUCCCGUUUUGGCAAGUUCAUUAGAAUUAACUUUGAUGUUACGGGCUAUAUUGUUGGGGCCAACAUUGAAACCUAUUUGUUGGAAAAGUCUCGCGCUGUUCGUCAGGCCAAAGAUGAACGAACAUUUCAUAUAUUCUAUCAGCUGCUCUCUGGUGCAGGAGAACACCUGAAGUCUGACUUGCUGCUUGAAGGAUUUAAUAAUUACAGAUUUUUGUCUAAUGGCUAUAUCCCCAUUCCUGGGCAGCAAGACAAGGAUAACUUUCAGGAGACUAUGGAAGCCAUGCACAUCAUGGGCUUUUCUCAUGAGGAAAUCUUGUCAAUGCUGAAGGUGGUGUCAUCAGUACUACAAUUUGGUAACAUUUCUUUCAAGAAGGAAAGAAACACUGAUCAGGCCUCCAUGCCAGAAAAUACAGUUGCCCAGAAACUCUGCCACCUACUGGGAAUGAAUGUAAUGGAAUUUACUCGAGCUAUACUUACGCCACGCAUUAAAGUUGGUAGAGACUACGUUCAGAAAGCCCAAACCAAAGAACAAGCAGACUUUGCAGUGGAAGCCUUGGCAAAAGCUACUUAUGAACGCCUCUUUCGCUGGCUUGUUCAUCGCAUUAAUAAAGCUCUGGAUAGGACCAAACGACAGGGAGCUUCUUUCAUUGGCAUUCUGGAUAUCGCUGGAUUUGAAAUCUUUGAGCUGAAUUCUUUUGAGCAACUUUGUAUCAACUACACUAAUGAGAAGUUGCAGCAAUUGUUCAACCACACCAUGUUUAUCCUGGAACAAGAGGAGUACCAGCGGGAGGGCAUAGAAUGGAACUUCAUUGAUUUUGGACUGGAUCUGCAACCCUGCAUUGAUUUAAUAGAAAGGCCUGCAAACCCACCUGGUGUACUGGCUUUGCUGGAUGAAGAAUGUUGGUUCCCUAAAGCCACUGACAAGACAUUUGUGGAAAAAUUGGUCCAAGAACAAGGAACCCACUCCAAAUUCCAAAAACCACGGCAGCUAAAGGACAAGGCUGACUUCUGCAUUAUUCAUUAUGCAGGGAAGGUAGACUACAAGGCAGAUGAGUGGCUGAUGAAGAACAUGGACCCUCUGAAUGACAACGUGGCUACCCUUUUGCAUCAGUCUUCUGACAAAUUUGUUGCAGAGCUUUGGAAGGAUGAGAUUCAGAAUAUUCAGAGAGCAUCUUUCUAUGACAAUAUUACUGAUCUUCAUGAUGCACCAGUGGACCGUAUUGUGGGCCUGGAUCAAGUCACUGGUAUGACAGAGACUGCUUUUGGCUCUGCAUACAAGACCAAGAAGGGCAUGUUUCGUACUGUUGGGCAACUGUACAAGGAAUCUCUCACCAAACUGAUGGCAACUCUCCGAAACACUAAUCCCAACUUUGUUCGCUGCAUCAUUCCAAACCACGAGAAGAGGGCUGGAAAGCUGGAUCCACACCUGGUUUUAGAUCAGCUUCGCUGUAAUGGUGUCCUGGAAGGAAUAAGGAUUUGUCGACAAGGCUUUCCAAACAGGAUAGUGUUCCAGGAAUUCAGACAGAGGUAUGAGAUCCUUACUCCUAAUGCAAUCCCGAAGGGGUUUAUGGAUGGCAAGCAGGCUUGUGAACGAAUGAUCAGAGCAUUGGAGCUGGAUCCCAACUUGUACAGAAUUGGGCAGAGCAAGAUUUUUUUCCGAGCUGGUGUCUUGGCACAUUUAGAAGAAGAACGGGAUCUGAAGAUCACAGACAUCAUUAUCUUCUUCCAAGCCGUCUGCAGAGGAUACCUGGCUAGAAAGGCCUUUGCAAAAAAACAGCAGCAGUUAAGUGCAUUAAAAGUCCUGCAGAGGAAUUGUGCAGCAUAUCUAAAACUAAGGCAUUGGCAGUGGUGGAGAGUCUUCACAAAGGUGAAACCUCUUCUGCAGGUUACUCGACAGGAAGAAGAACUUCAGGCCAAGGAUGAGGAGCUGCUGAAGGUGAAGGAAAAACAGACAAAAGUGGAGGCAGAACUUGAGGAGAUGGAGAGAAAACAUCAACAGAUUGUAGAAGAAAAGAACAUUCUUGCAGAGCAGCUGCAGGCAGAGACAGAGCUGUUUGCUGAAGCUGAGGAGAUGAGAGCCCGUCUGGCUGCCAAAAAACAAGAGUUAGAAGAAAUUCUGCAUGAUCUGGAAUCCAGGGUUGAGGAGGAAGAGGAAAGGAACCAAGUCUUUCAAAAUGAAAAGAAAAAGAUGCAGGCACAUAUUCAGGACCUAGAAGAGCAACUUGAUGAGGAAGAAGGAGCUCGACAGAAGUUGCAGCUUGAAAAGGUAACUGCUGAAGCUAAAAUCAAGAAGAUGGAAGAAGAGAUCCUACUUCUGGAGGACCAAAAUUCCAAAUUUUUGAAGGAAAAGAAACUAACGGAGGAUAGAAUUGCUGAAUGCACCUCUCAGCUGGCUGAAGAAGAAGAGAAGGCCAAAAACUUGGCCAAACUCAAGAACAAACAGGAAAUGAUGAUCACUGAUUUGGAAGAGCGUUUGAAAAAGGAAGAGAAGACCCGUCAAGAACUGGAAAAAGCUAAAAGAAAACUUGAUGGAGAAACAACAGACCUUCAGGACCAAAUAGCUGAGCUGCAAGCCCAGAUUGAAGAGCUAAAGAUCCAACUAGCCAAGAAAGAAGAGGAGCUGCAGGCUGCUCUUGCCAGAGGUGAUGAAGAAGCAGUUCAGAAGAACAAUGCACUGAAACUAAUACGAGAGUUGCAAGCUCAGAUUGCAGAACUCCAGGAGGACCUUGAAUCUGAGAAGGCAUCACGCAACAAGGCUGAAAAGCAGAAGAGAGACCUAAGCGAGGAGCUGGAGGCACUGAAGACUGAGCUGGAAGACACCUUGGAUACCACUGCAGCACAGCAAGAAUUGAGGACAAAACGUGAGCAGGAAGUGGCUGAAUUGAAGAAAGCUAUUGAAGAAGAAACCAAGAACCAUGAAGCUCAAAUACAGGAAAUCAGACAAAGACAUGCUACUGCACUGGAGGAGCUCUCUGAACAACUUGAACAGGCCAAAAGGUUCAAAGCAAAUCUUGAAAAGAACAAGCAAGGCCUGGAGACUGACAACAAGGAACUAGCCUGUGAGGUGAAGGUAUUGCAGCAGGUCAAAGCAGAGUCUGAGCACAAGAGGAAGAAGCUAGAUGCUCAGGUACAGGAACUACAUGCCAAAGUGUCAGAAGGAGAGAGGAUUAGGGCAGAGCUGGCAGAAAAGGCUAACAAACUGCAGAAUGAGCUGGACAAUGUCUCAAGCCUCCUGGAGGAAGCAGAGAAGAAGGGCAUAAAGUUUGCCAAAGAUGCGGCAGGUCUGGAGUCUCAGCUUCAAGAUACACAGGAGCUUCUUCAGGAGGAAACCCGCCAGAAAUUGAACUUGAGCAGUAGGAUUAGGCAGCUGGAGGAAGAGAAGAACAACCUACAAGAGCAGCAGGAAGAGGAGGAGGAGGCCAGGAAGAAUUUGGAGAAACAGAUGCUCGCUUUGCAAUUGCAGCUGGCUGAUGCCAAGAAGAAGGUAGAUGACGAUAUGGGAACUAUUGAAGGUUUGGAGGAAAAUAAGAAGAAAUUGCUGAAGGAUAUAGAGGCUUUGAGCCAACGUCUAGAGGAGAAGGCAAUGGCUUAUGAUAAACUGGAAAAGACCAAGAAUCGCCUGCAGCAGGAGCUGGAUGACUUGGUAGUGGACCUGGAUCAUCAGCGCCAAAUUGUCUCCAACUUGGAGAAAAAACAGAAGAAGUUUGAUCAGAUGCUGGCGGAAGAAAAGAACAUUUCUGCUCGCUACGCAGAGGAGCGGGACCGGGCAGAGGCAGAAGCUAGAGAGAAGGAGACCAAGGCACUGUCUCUGGCGCGAGCUUUAGAAGAAGCCCUGGAGGCUAAAGAAGAAUUUGAGAGGCAGAAUAAGCAGUUGCGUGCAGACAUGGAGGACUUAAUGAGCUCCAAAGAUGAUGUGGGCAAAAAUGUCCAUGAACUGGAAAAGUCCAAGCGAACCUUAGAGCAGCAGGUUGAAGAGAUGAGGACCCAGCUAGAAGAACUGGAAGAUGAGCUUCAGGCCACAGAAGAUGCCAAGCUUCGCCUGGAAGUGAACAUGCAAGCUAUGAAGGCCCAGUUUGAGAGAGACCUACAGGCCAGAGAUGAACAGAACGAAGAGAAGAAGCGGAUGCUGGUUAAACAGGUGCGGGAGCUUGAAACGGAAUUGGAGGAUGAGCGCAAACAGAAGGCUCUUGCUGUAGCUUCCAAGAAAAAAAUGGAGAUGGAUCUCAAAGACCUUGAAGCUCAGAUAGAAGCUGGAAAUAAGGCUCGAGAUGAAGCAAUCAAACAGCUGCGCAAACUGCAGGCUCAGAUGAAAGACUAUCAGCGGGAGCUGGAAGAGGCCCGUGCAUCUAGAGAUGAGAUCUUUGCUCAGUCCAAGGAGAACGAAAAGAAGUUGAAAGGCCUUGAAGCAGAAAUACUCCAGCUCCAAGAGGAUCUUGCUGCCUCUGAAAGAGCUCGUCGCCAUGCUGAACAAGAGAGGGAUGAGCUGGCUGAUGAGAUUGCGAACAGUGCUUCUGGAAAAUCAGCUUUGCUGGAUGAAAAGCGCCGUCUGGAAGCCCGUAUUGCACAGCUAGAGGAAGAACUGGAAGAGGAACAGAGCAAUAUGGAACUCCUCAAUGACCGGUUUAGGAAGACCACACUGCAGGUUGAUACACUCAACUCUGAGCUGGCAGGAGAACGGAGUGCUGCCCAGAAGAGUGAAAACGCACGCCAGCAGCUGGAGAGACAGAACAAAGAACUGAAAGCCAAGCUGCAGGAGCUGGAGGGAUCUGUGAAGUCUAAAUUCAAGGCAACCAUUUCCGCUCUGGAAGCUAAGAUUGGGCAGCUAGAGGAACAGCUUGAGCAGGAAGCAAAGGAAAGAGCAGCUGCUAACAAGCUGGUACGUCGUACAGAGAAGAAACUGAAAGAAGUCUUCAUGCAGGUGGAAGAUGAGCGUCGGCAUGCAGAUCAGUACAAAGAACAGAUGGAGAAGGCUAAUGCCAGGAUGAAGCAGCUCAAACGCCAGCUGGAGGAAGCUGAAGAGGAAGCGACACGUGUGAAUGCCUCCCGUCGUAAACUUCAGCGUGAGUUAGACGAUGCCACGGAGGCCAAUGAGGGCCUUAGCCGAGAAGUCAGCACUCUGAAAAACAGGCUGAGGAGGGGUGGCCCGAUCACCUUCCCUUCAAGUCGAUCUGGUAGACGCCAGCUGCAUAUUGAAGGUGCUUCUCUGGAACUUUCUGACGACGAUGCAGAAAGCAAAGGCAGUGACAUCAAUGAAACGCAGCCCGCCCAAACCGAGUAGAGCCGUUCACACCAUUAGCAUGCAGAGACCUUUUACACAUAGUGGAAUGCAAAGGACUUACAUGACCAGCAAACUGCCUUGUGGCCGUGAAUCUGCCUUAUGUAAUAUUGGCAUGCUACAAGGUUACUUAUCACAGGUUGACUAUGUCUUAAGGCUCUGUAGCCUCACCAUACUGUACCCUGCUUCAAUAUAGGUACAACUGCUUUUUUUAUAUAUAGUAAACUGUCUCUGUUCAGUGCAUCUCUUUUCCAGAUAUUCCUUGUAAAGCCAUUUUAUAAAGCAUCAUGUGAAGGAUACAACUUUUUUAUCAAUUCAGAAACUUCAUUCCCAAGCGGUAGUUGGUUGGGGCAGACCCAUUGUUAUUACUAUGCAUGCUUUGUUGUACAGAUAACACCCUUCCAUUUCUAUUGUGCUCACAUGGCCCUCAGCUGUAACACGUCUGUUGGCACACUGUGAAGACCAAACUGCUCCCGUAUCUCCUCUUUUUCUCCUAAUUAUUGUGAGCAACACACAAUCAGGAAGUAAACUGUGAAAAGGCCUUGGAAGUGUUCAGAGGGAAAUCUAGGGUUGAAUGAAUAGUAUCCGUUUUUAACCUGCCAUAUCAUUUUGAAGUGUUCUUGGCAUCUGCUUCAUCCAUUAGUGCUUGUGCACUACAGGUAAAUUGAAUAGUAUCACCGUUAAUUUGUACAAUACCUCGCAUCUGUACAGACCUGCUAUAUCAGUCCGAAGGCAUCUGUACGUAGUAAGGCUAGUAAAAUAUGAACACCAGUAACAUGGAACAGAGGCUCAGGAUAGGAAUUUACUUAACUGCUGGCUGAUUAGUCUUCAGAACAUGGACCUGAAUAGCUGCUGCUCCUUUUGAUGUGAAGGAGUUUCACAGCCAUGAGAUGCAGGUUUAAGAAAUACCCGAGCCAGCCUUGUGUAACACAGAGCAGGCUCACGUACCAGCUGUUGAGCCUAAAGCAGCAGGACCAUCUGUUCUGUACUGUACUACGUUUUUGGCUUGUUUGGAGUCUCUGUAGUUUAGAGGUUAAAAAAUGGAUAUUGCCUGCCUGAGAGUUGACAUGCCAGUGGAUGUGAAUUCUUUCUUUGGUUUUUAUUUUGAACAGUGUUACACCAAGUAGCUACAUUCUUUUUGUUUAAAUAGCUGAAAAACUGACAUUACAGAAAGUGCCUUAGACACUACAGUACUAAGACAAUGUUACAUAUAUAAUUUGCCUAUAUAACAAUGAUUUACUGUAUUAAUUUUUGACUGUGCUUCAUAUCAUGUACCUCUCUAGUCAAAGUGGUGGUAUUGAUAUUCAGUGAUAAUGAAUCAGUGUUAAGUAUGAAAUCUCAUCCCUCUGCAAUGUGCUUGAAAACAUGAUUUUCCUUUGGGUUAAAAGCUUUAACAUCUGUUACGAAGGUUUUGUUGUGCGUUUGGAUAUUUUUUAAUUGAACUGGCUGUUGACCACCAGGCAUCUGACUGCAAAUAUCUUGUUUUCUUGUAUACCCAUAUUUCUAGACGAUGAUUUUUGUAAGACAAUAAAUUUAUUCAUUAUA